AUGAACGCCCAGCUGUCGAUGGAGCAUAUUGGGGACCUGCACGGAGUGAGUCAUGAGUCAGUGACCGGUAAUGGAGAGCUGCUGAGCGGCCACAGCCCGCAUACCCGCCCGGGCCCCCGAGGCCUGUCCCAUCGCCCUAUGGGCAUGGCGACACUGCUGGAUGGCGGAGACUAUCACCCCGGCCAUCCCGGUCAUCCCGGUCAUCCCGGCCAUCCCGGCCAUCCCGGCCAUCCCGGCCACCUGCACCCUGCCAUUAGCAUGUGCGAAGCCCCUCCUGGCAUGAGCGCCAGCAGCACCUAUACCACCCUAACCCCACUGCAGCCCUUGCCACCCAUCUCCACCGUCUCUGACAAGUUCCCUCACCAUCAUCACCACCACCACCAUCAUCAUCCACACCCGCAUCCCCAUCAACGAAUUCCGGGCAACGUCAGCGGCAGCUUCACGUUGAUGAGGGAGGACAGGGGUCUGGCACCCAUGAACAGUCUGUAUCCAUCUUACCAUCACAAGGAUCCUUGCAUGGGGCAGAGCCUCUCCCCACUGUCCGGCUCCGGCCUAGCCAGCAUACACACUUCCCAGGCUGGUCUACCCCCCUACGCUCAUCCCGGUGCUGCCAUGCCCGGAGAGAAGAUGCUCACACCCAGUGGGUUCGAGGCUCACCACCCAGCCAUGCUCGGUAGACACACCGAGCAGCACAUGAACUCCUCGGUGGGUAUGGUCCAGCUCAAUGGCCUCCACCACCACCCGCAUGCCCACAUUAGCGUACAAGUUAAUGGCCAAGGCCUAGGCAACAAUCGAGAGCAGAGUCAGGCCCCAGGGCAGCAAGGUGUCAACGGGGAUAGUUCGGGGAACCAGAUGGAGGAGGUGAAUACCAAAGAGGUGGCGCAAAGGAUCACCACUGAGCUAAAGCGCUACAGCAUUCCCCAGGCCAUCUUUGCGCAGCGCGUUUUGUGUCGUUCUCAAGGCACCCUCUCCGACCUCUUGAGAAACCCGAAGCCAUGGUCCAAACUCAAGUCCGGCCGCGAGACUUUCCGAAGGAUGUGGAAGUGGCUGCAGGAGCCUGAGUUCCAACGCAUGAGCGCGCUCAGGCUCGCAGCAUGCAAGCGUAAGGAGCAGGAUCAUGGCAGGGCCGAGCACGGCAGUGGGUCUAAGAAGCCGCGGCUUGUGUUUACUGAUGUGCAAAGACGGACGCUACAUGCCAUCUUCAAGGAGAACAAGCGUCCGUCCAAAGAGCUUCAGAUCACCAUUUCUCAGCAGCUGGGUCUCGAGCUGACCACAGUCAGCAACUUCUUCAUGAAUGCACGCCGCCGGAGCCUCGACAAGUGGCUGGACGACGGCUCAGGUCACUCUGCCAACUCUGGCCCUAAUUCCUGCACCAAAGCCUGAAGA